AAAUUCCAUGUAUAAGUUUUGUCCUUGUCGUAUAUAUCGUAUCAGAAACAAAGUUUGAGUGAAAAAACCAAAAUAUUUGCCGCAAAAACGCAGCCGGAUUUUAUCAUCGGUCGUCAGAAAACGAUAUUAUAACUUUGAGCUAGGAAAGCAAUGGCAUGGAGAGGACAUCUUUCAAAGAACAUAAAAGAGCUUCGGUUUUUGAUGUGCCAGACAUCUCCUGCAAGCUCAUCUGCAAGGGCAUUUGUUGAAAAGAAUUAUAAGGAACUAAAGACAUUGAACCCAAAAUUGCCGAUAUUGAUCCGUGAAUGCAGUGGAGUAGAACCCCAAUUAUGGGCAAGAUAUGAUUUGGGCGUUGAGAAAGGCAUUAAACUGGAAGGCAUGACAGAGCCACAGAUUUUUAAGGUACUUGAAGAUAUGGUAAAAGCAGGGGAGUCUUUUAAAGUUUGAUAUGGAUGCUUAUAUUCACUGUAUGAAUUGGAAUAAAUGUUAUGUUGCACUUGUUAUCUAAGUGUGACUUUUGGUCAUUUCAAGAAUGAACCUGUUGAGUUUAAGUUGAAGCUGUCAGUUAUGCAUUGUUAGAACAUUUAUCUGCGAGAUAUUUAUUCAAAACACGGAUUAAAUCUAUCUAAUUGGAUUCAUAUGAUUAUUCUCAGUGAAAUGUUGACUUGCUGAUGUCA